AGAGAGAGUUGUAAGCAGUAAGCAGCAGCAACACAUUGGCGAGAACAGGGAAGCAGGCGCGCGGCACGGGGACCCGCCGGAAGAAGCAGCGGCGGUAGCAGCUUCAGCGCGAGCUGGACGCAGAGCGAUAAACCACCGGCAGCACGAGCGACACCGAGGCGGUCAGAGGGGCGGAGAGGAGGAGGAGGAGGCACCCGCAUUGCCACUCGUGUUCCCCCCGCUGCCUCCGUCGUCUCUCCCUCCCUCCACAUCUCUCUCUUCAGCUCUCCUCACCCCUCGCUCCUCUCGAACCACCGCUGCCGCUGCUUCCUCGUUUAAGAUGGCUGACCCCAACAGCGACGGAGAGGUACCGGAGAGUGCGCGCGGCUUCGCCCGCCAGGGAGCCCUCCGUCAGAAGAACGUGCACGAGGUGAAGAACCACAAGUUCAUCGCGCGCUUCUUCAAGCAGCCCACCUUCUGCAGCCACUGCACGGACUUCAUCUGGGGCUUUGGGAAACAGGGAUUCCAGUGCCAAGUGUGCUGUUUUGUAGUCCAUAAACGCUGUCAUGAGUUUGUCACCUUCUCGUGUCCUGGGGCCGACAAGGGACCUGCGUCAGAUGAUCCUCGCAGUAAACACAAGUUUAAGGUCCACACGUACUCCAGCCCCACCUUCUGUGACCACUGCGGCUCCCUCCUCUACGGGCUGAUACACCAGGGCAUGAAAUGUGACCACUGUAUGAUGAACAUACACAAGCGAUGUGUGGCCAACGUCCCAAGCCUGUGUGGGACAGAUCACACGGAGAGGAGAGGACGCAUCCAGAUCUCUGCGCAGAUCACCGAGGACACUCUCACCGUCAUCAUCAAAGAGGCGAGGAACCUGGUGCCCAUGGACCCCAAUGGUCUGUCAGACCCGUACGUCAAGCUCAAACUCAUCCCAGAUCCCAAGAGUGAGAGCAAGCAGAAGACCAAGACCAUCAAAUGUUGCCUCAACCCCACCUGGAAUGAGACCUUCACUUUCAACCUAAAGGAAAGUGACAAAGACCGCCGUCUGUCAGUGGAGGUGUGGGACUGGGAUUUGACCAGCAGGAACGACUUCAUGGGAUCCCUCUCCUUUGGCAUCUCAGAGCUACAGAAACAAGGGAUAGAUGGAUGGUUUAAGAUGCUGUCUCAGGAGGAAGGGGAAUACUUCAAUGUUCCUGUGCAGCCAGAUGGAGAGGACGGCAACGAAGAGCUACGGCAAAAGUUUGAGAGGGCACGGGUCGGUCCAGGCAAGCCCACGGACUCCUCGUCGUCCUCCUCGAUGUACAAGUACGACAGCAACGGCAACCAGGACCGCGUCAAGCUCUCAGACUUCAACUUCAUCAUGGUUCUGGGAAAAGGCAGCUUUGGCAAGGUGAUGCUGGCAGAGAGGAAGGGGACGGACGAGUUGUACGCCGUCAAGAUCUUGAAGAAAGACGUGGUGAUCCAGGACGACGAUGUGGAGUGCACCAUGGUGGAGAAAAGGGUCCUGGCUCUGGCCGGGAAACCACCCUUCCUCACUCAACUGCACUCGUGUUUCCAAACCAUGGACCGAUUGUACUUUGUGAUGGAGUAUAUAAAUGGAGGAGACCUCAUGUACCAAAUCCAACAGGUCGGCAAGUUCAAGGAGCCUCAUGCUGUUUUUUAUGCUGCAGAAAUUGCCAUUGGACUCUUCUUCCUUCACUCCAAAGGCAUUGUGUAUCGGGAUCUAAAGCUGGACAAUGUGAUGCUGGACUCCGAGGGCCAUAUAAAGAUUGCAGACUUUGGCAUGUGUAAAGAGAACAUGUUGGAUGGCGUUACCACAAAGACUUUCUGUGGAACGCCAGACUACAUCGCUCCAGAGAUUAUAGCUUAUCAGCCUUAUGGGAAAUCUGUGGACUGGUGGGCCUUUGGGGUACUGCUGUAUGAAAUGCUUGCUGGACAGCCGCCUUUUGACGGGGAGGAUGAAGAUGAGCUGUUCCAGUCGAUCAUGGAGCAUCAUGUCUCUUACCCUAAAUCCAUGUCCAAAGAAGCUGUUGCCAUCUGCAAGGGGCUGAUGACCAAACAUCCAGGUAAGCGCCUGGGCUGUGGUCGAGGGGAGAGAGACAUCAAGGAGCAUGCCUUCUUCCACAUAGACUGAAAACUGGAAAAUAAAGAGGUUCAGCUGCCUUUCAAACCUAAAUCUAAAUCUCGCUCUGACGUCGGCAACUUUGACAAGGAGUUCACAAAGAUGGCGGUUGAGCUGACGCCGACGGACAAGCUCUUCAUCAUGAACCUGGACCAGAAUGAGUUUGAUGGCUUCUCCUACACCAACCCUGAGUUUAUUAUACAAGUGUGAGGAGCUCAGAAAAAAAAGACUUUCCUCCAGACCAGUUCCAUUUCACAGACGACUAGACGACCAUGUCACCGGCACUGCCACCUGGACUAGAGCCACUCUAACACACACACACACACACACACACACACAUCUUCAAACUCACCUCUCACCCAUUCAAAGUGGACAAUAAUCAUAAAUGACCACAACUGGUCCACAUCUACAAACACAGGACAUAAAGUCCUAAAAACUCCAGGCUUGUGUAGAAUUCAUGGUGAGCAGGUCGAUACAGUGACUGACGAUCUAGGGUCACAGUGAGUGUGUGUGUGUCUCUGUGUGUGUGCGCGUGCUCUUAUCGAUCGACAACAGCGCAUGUUUGUUUACUUGAUUUCCCUCUCUUCGGCCUGUAAAAGUUGUGUCAUGAACAUUCCACGAUCAAUAUAUCAUGUGUGUGCUCACGGGCCGUGGUUGGGAAGGGAAGGAAGGUUUUUGAAAUGUUCAACGUCCGCCAUCGCCCUGUUCUUCAAAGCGUGGCUCGAUUACUUUGGGCCAGUGUGUCAACAAUGCCGUCUAUUCUCACGCGGCUCGUUUUGGCUCUUUUUUGAAAGCAGUUUUCCAAUCGAUGUGUUGAUCUUUGUGCCGGCACUGGCACAGUGUGUGAGGCGGGCUCCCUCCCCGCUCUCAUUCACCAGGACAAACACGUUCACAGACCCAUGUCCUCCAUGUCGUUUAAGGCUGGUUUCCUGCAUUUGACCAGCAUCAGUGUGUGCUCCACACUGUCACUGUGGUCAACGAAACUCUCCCGCUGACAUGAAAGAGCUUCAGAGAAUCAAAAGUAAAAAAUAAUAAUAAGCUACUCCAUGUUUUCCAUGUACGAAGAACAGGGCCCUGAUUUUUGAACCUCACGUCUAAGUUAGUCGUAAACUUAGUCUUAAGCACGUCUCGUCUUCCAAAUUGAUGCAAAAAGAAAAAGAAAAAAAGAAAUCCCCAAAUACCUGUUAGGCAGCGAUGUAUGAAGUGUCUCUGUCUCUGUCUCUGGCUUAAUCUCUCUCUUUCUCUUUUCUCUAUGGCACUGUGUCAACAGUGGGUUAGUGCUGUGUAAGCCUAUACAGUCUUUGUGGUGCAGCUCCUCUAUGCAUGCCAUAUUUGUUGGUACAGUAGUUCUUCAAGAUUUGCGUUUAUUUUGACGUCGUGGAGGAGGAACUUUAUCGAUGCAAGUCCCUUUUGAAAUGUCCACGCUCAAAUCACGUUUUUUCCGUUUCCACUCCAGCGACUGCCGUGUAUGCCGUCUCCGAAUAUAUGUGGAAAUGUGCGUGGCUGAGAGUUUGCUUUUCCAAAGCACGGAGCAAAGUGAAAUGAACAUAUAAAGUAGAUGUAUGUAUACUCUGUACGAGUUGUGUUUCCGUUUGUGUGUGUGUGUGUGUGUGUGUGUGUAAAUAGGAAUGGGAUCUAGAGAUAGAAGUGGUUUUCAUGUUCUAACACACUUCUCGAUCACCCUUCACGCCCCUGUCAGGAAUUCUCUGCUGUCAAGUUUACUUUUCAUUUUGGUUUUGUUCUCCUCCUCUCCCUCGUUCUCUUACCUCUUCAUUAGAUCUCUGGUCUUUAUUUCCUCGUCUCUGUUCCUUCCUUUUGUUUCCAGUCGACGUUUACAUUUGUAUGGUUUUAAUUAGAAUGAACUUGGGGGGGUGAGAUCAGUAAGACAAGAGGGAGGAGGGAAAGGAGGGCGGAUAAAGUGUUUACUAUGCAAAAGGCAGAGAGAGAAGGAAGAGGGGGAGUAUGGAAAGAAGGGCAACUUUUAUAAAGCAACCUGAAACGAUUGUGCGACAGGUCAGUAUUCAUGUGUUGCAUGCGCCGUCUCUACCUGCGCGUGAGAAACACCUUCAUUAAAAUGAAUGAUCAUGAUACCA